AUGAGAGCACAGUUACGAAAUGAACGCAAACGUGUACAGACAAUGCUGAAUGAUCAACAAGAUGACGUAGAUAUAUUUGAUCCUAGAAUAUCCCAGAGACCUCAACAAGUUCCAGUUAUACACACAAAACCAGACUUUGAUGUAUUUGAAACAGCCAUGAACAGAAAUGCUGUAGCUGUAAGAAGAACACCUGCCGAGAGAGCUAAUCCUCAAGCUGUUGAAGAUUUCAAUGCUCUGAAACACAAGAAGGAUUCAGAUUCUCGCAAACAGUUUAGGAAGUUGUUUCCAGAUGAGCCAAUCACAGCUGAGGCUUUGGAAACUCAACAAGCAGCACUGCUCAUUCAACAAGAGCAACGUCUGCUAAGCAUCAGAGAAAGAAGUGCUUAUGAUGGUACACCUCCCAUCCCACUGAACAGGGACACCCACAGUUCUUCCUCCCAACUGCAGUCCAAGAGUGCUUUUGUGGAAGUCAAUAACAUUGGUCAUUUCCCAGACGACUUUGAAGACAUUCCUAGAAGAAAUGACUCAGCAAGGAGCAAGAGAAGAAAUAGAUCAUCUUCGAGUCCUAGGAUGCCUAGUCCAGGUAGCAGAUCAAUGUUUGGCUCUGAGACUAGCCUUAACGUUGAUAAGUUGGCCAGAAAGAAUGAAGACAGACUCAAGAAGCUAAGAGAAUUACAAGGUGAUGAUGUAUCACUCUAUGACCCAGAGGAUGUUCUGGAACGAUUUAUGUCUAAACAAGGACAUAAUAG